CCUGUGGUGGAGCCUGUGGUUGAACCUGUGGUGGAACCUGUGGUUGAACCUGUGGUGGAGCCUUUGGUUGAACCUGUGAUUGAAACUUUGGUGCAGCCCAUGGUGGAACCUAUGGGGACCUUGUGGUGGAGCCAAUGGUUGAGCCUGUGGCUGAACCUGUGGUGGAGCUUGUGGGUGAACCUGUGGUGAAGCUUGUGGUUGAACCUGUGGUGGAGCCUUUGGUUGAACCUGUGGUGGAGCCUUUGGUUGAACCUGUGACUGAACCUUUGCUGCAGCCCAUGGUGGAACCUAUGGGGAACCUUGUGGUGGAGCCAAUGGUUGAGCCUGUGUCUGAACCUGUGGUGGAGCUUGUGGGUGAACCUGUGGUGAAGCUUGUGGUUGAACCUGUGGUUGAACCUGUGGUAGAGCCUGCCAUUGAACCUGUGGUGAAGCCCAUGGUGGAACCUGUGGUGGAUCCUGUGGUUGAAUCUGUGGUGAAGCUUGUGGCUGAACCUGUGGCUGAACCUGUGGUUGAACCUUUGGUGGAGCCUGUAGUUGAACCUGUGGUGGAGUCUGUGACUGAACCUUUGCUGCAGCCCAUGGUGGAACCUAUGGGGAACCUUGUGGUGGAACCAAUGGUUGAGCCUGUGGCUGAACCUGUGGUGGAGCUUGUGGGUGAACCUGUGGUGAAGCUUGUGGUUGAAGCUGUGGUGAAGGCUGUGGUUGAACCUGUAGUUGAACCUGUGGUGGAGCCUUUGGUUGAACCUGUGGUGGAGUCUGUGAUUGAACCUUUGGUGCAGCCCAUGGUGGAACCUAUGGGGGACCUUGUGGUGGAGCCGAUGGUUGAGCCUGUGGUGGAGCUUGUGGGUGAACCUGUGGUGAAGCUUGUGGUUGAACCUGUGGUGGAGCUUGUGGUUGAACCUGUGGUAGAGCCUGCCAUUGAACCUGUGGUGAAGCCCAUGGUGGAACCUGUGGUUGAACCUGUGGUGAAGCUUGUGGCUGAACCUGUGGUUGAACCUAUGGUGGAGCUUGUGGUCCAUCCUGUGGUUGAGCCUGUGGUUGAACUUCUGAUGGAGCUUGUGGUUGAAGCUGUGGAGCCUGUGAUUGAACCUGUUGUGGAGUCUGUGGUUGAAUCUAUGGUGGAGGCUGUGGUUGAACCUGUGAUGGAGCCUGUCGUUGAACCUGCAGUGGAGUCUUUCGUUGAACCUGUGAUGGAGCCUGUGGUUGUACCUGUGGUGGAGCUUGUUGUUCAACCUGUGGUUGAGUCUUUGGUUGAACCUGUUGGGGAGCCUGUGGUUGAACCUGUGGUUGAACCAGUGGGGCAGACUGUGGUUGAACCUGUGGUGGAGCUUGAGGUUCAACCUGUGGUAGAGUCUUUGGUGGAAUCUGUGAUGGAUUCUGUGGUUGAGAGUGUGUUUAAACCUAUCGUCGAACCUUUGGUGGAGCCUGUAGUUGAAACUGUGCUGCAACUUGUGAUUGAACCUGUGGUUGAACCUGUGGUGGAGUCUGUGACUGAACCUUUGCUGCAGCCCAUGGUGGAACCUAUGGGGAACCUUGUGGUGGAGCCAAUGGUUGAGCCUAUGGCUGAACCUGUGGUGGAGCUUGUGGGUGAACCUGUGGUGAAGCUUGUGGUUGAACUUGUGGUGGAGCCUGUGGUUGAACCUGUGGUGGAGCCUGUGGUUGAACCUGUGAUUGAACCUUUGGUGCAGCCCAUGGUGGAACCUAUGGGGAACCUUGUGGUGGAACCAAUGGUUGAGCCUGUGGCUGAACCUGUGGUGGAGCUUGUGGGUGAACCUGUGGUGAAGCUUGUGGUUGAACCUGUGGUGGAGCUUGUGGUUGAACCUGUGGUAGAGCCUGCCAUUGAACCUGUGGUGAAGCCCAUGGUGGAACCUGUGGUGGAGCCUGUGGUUGAACCUGUGGUGAAGCUUGUGGCUGAACCUGUGGCAGAGCCUGUGGUUGAACCUUUGGUGGAGCCUGUAGUUGAACCUGUGGUGGAGUCUGUGACUGAACCUUUGCUGCAGCCCAUGGUGGAACCUAUGGGGAACCUUGUGGUGGAACCAAUGGUUGAGCCUGUGUCUGAACCUGUGGUGGAGCUUGUGGGUGAACCUGUGGUGAAGCUUGUGGUUGAACCUGUGGUGAAGCUUGUGGUUGAACCUGUGGUAGAGCUUGUGGUUGAACCUGUGGUAGAGCCUGCCAUUGAACCUGUGGUGAAGCCCAUGGUGGAACCUGUGGUGGAGCCUGUGGUUGAACCUGUGGUGAAGCUUGUGGCUGAACCUGUGGCGGAGCCUGUGGUUGAACCUUUGGUGGAGCCUGUAGUUGAACCUGUGGUGGAGUCUGUGACUGAACCUUUGCUGCAGCCCAUGGUGGAACCUAUGGGGAACCUUGUGGUGGAACCAAUGGUUGAGCCUGUGGCUGAACCUGUGGUGGAGCUUGUGGGUGAACCUGUGGUGAAGCUUGUGGUUGAACCUGUGGUGGAGCCUGUGGUUGAACCUGUGGUGGAGGCUGUGGUUGAACCUGUGGUGGAGCCUUUGGUUGAACCUGUGGUGGAGUCUGUGAUUGAAACUUUGGUGCAGCCCAUGGUGGAACCUAUGGCGGACCUUGUGGUGGAGCCGAUGGUUGAGCCUGUGGCUGAACCUGUGGUGGAGCUUGUGGGUGAACCUGUGGUGAAGCUUGUGGUUGAACCUGUGGUGGAGCUUGUGGUUGUACCUGUGGUGGAGCCUGUGGUUGAACCUGUGGUGGAGCCUGUGGUUGAAGCUGUGGUGGAGUCUGUGGUUGAACGAAUGGGGAAGACUGUGGUUGAACCUGUGGGGGAGCUUGUGGUUCAACCUGUCGUGGAGCCUAUGGUUGAACUUGUGCCAGUUGUUGAACCUAUGGUGGAGCCUUUGGUUGAAUAUGUGGUAGAGCCUGGUCUUGAACCUGUGGUUAAUUCUGUGGUGGAGUUUGUAUUUGAACCAUUGGUGGAACUUGUGUUUGAACCUGUGGUGGAUUCUAUGGUGGAGCUUGUGGCUGAACCUGUGGUUGAACGUAUGAUAGAGUCUGUGGUAGAAUCUAUGGUUGAACCUGUGGUGGAGUCUGUGGUUGAAUCUGUGGUGGAGCCUGUGGUUGAACCUGUGGUGGAGCCUGUGGUUGAACCUGUGGUGGAGCCUGUGGUUGAACCUGUAGUAGAGCCUGUGGUGGAGCCUGUAGCUGAAUCUGUGGUGGAUCUUGUGGCUGAAACUGUUAAGCCAGUGGUUGAACCUGUGAUGGAGUUUGUGGCUGAACCUGUUGUGGAGCAUGUGGUUGAACCUGUGGUGGACCCUGUGGUUGAGCCUUUUGUGGAUUCUGUGGUUAAACCUUUGGUUGAACCUGUGAUGGAGUCUUUGGUUGAACCUGUGGUGGAGUCUGUGGUUGAUCCUGUGGUGGAGUCUGUAUUUGAACCUGUGGUGGAUUCUUUGGUUGAACCUGUGCUGAAGUCUGUAGUUGAACCUGUGGUGGAGUCUGUGGCUGAACCUGUGAUGGAUUCAUUGGUUGAGAUUGUGUUUGAACCUGAGGUGGUGUCUUUGGUUGAACCUGUAGUAGAGUAUGUGGUAGAACAUGUGGUGGAGCCUGUGAUGGAGGCUAUGGUGGAUUCUGUGGUUGAGAUUGUAUUUGAACCUCUGGCAGAACCUAUGGUGGAGCCUGAGAUUGAACCUUUGGUGGAGUUUAUGGUUGAACCUCUGGUUCAACCCAUGGUUGAACCUUUGUUGGAGUUUGUGGCUGAAGCUCUGGUGGAGCCUGUGGUUGAGAUUUUGUUAGAACCUAUGGUGAGUUCUGGGGUUGAACCCUUGGUGGAGCCUAUAGUUGAACCUUUGGUUGAGCUUGUGGUUGAACCUCUGGUGGAUUCAGUGGUUGAGAUUGUUCUUGAACCUGUGGUGGGUUCUGUGGUGGAGUCUCUGGUUGAACCUGUGGUUGAAACUGUAGGGGAGCCUGUGGUUAAACCUGUGGAGGAGCCUGUGGCUGAACCUGUUAUGGAUCUUGUUGAACCUGUGGUGGAUCCUGUUUUUGAACCUGUAGUUGAACCUGUGGUGCAGCCUGUGGCUGAACCUAUGGAAGAGCCUAUUGUUGAACCUGUGGUGGAGCCUGUGGUUGAAUCUCUGGUUCAACCUGUGGUUGAACCUAUGGUGGAUCCUGUUGUUGAACCUGUGGUGUAUCCUGUUGUUGAACCUCUGUUGGAGCCUCUGGUUCAACCUGUUGGUAAACCAGUGGUGGAGCCUGUGGUUGAACCUGUGGUGGAUCCUGUUGAACCUGUGGUGGAGCCAGUGGUUAAACCUGUUUUGGAGCCUGUGGUGGAUCCUUUGGUGGAGCCUGUGGUUGAACCUGUUUUGGAGUCUGUGAUUGAACCUGUGGUGGAGCCUGUGAUUGAACCUGAGUUGGAGCCUGUGAUUGAACCUGAGUUGGAGCCUGUAGUUGAACCUGUGGCAGAGCAUGUGGUUGAACCUGUGGUGGAGCUUGUGGUUGAACCUGUGUUGGAGCCUGUGGUUGAACCUGUGUUGGAGCCUGUGGUUGAACCUGUGGUGGAGCUUGUGGUUGAACCUGUAGUGGAGCUUGUGGUUGAACCUGUGAUGGAGUAUGUGGUUGAACCUAUGAUGGAGCCUGUGGUUCAACCUGUGGUGGAGCCUGUGGUGGAACCUGUGUUGGACCCUGUUUUUGAACCUGUGGUAGAGCCUGUGGUUGAACCUAUGAUGGAGAAUGUGGUUGAACCUGUGGUGAAGCUUGUGGUUGAACCUGUGGUGGAGCCUGUGGUUGAACCUGUGUUGGAGUCUGUGGUUGAACCUUUGGUGGAGCCUGUGGUUGAACCUGUGGUAGAGCUUGUGGUUGAACAUGUGGUGGAUCCUUUGGUGGAGCCUGUGGUUGAACCUGUUUUGGAGCCUGUGGUUGAACUUGUGAUGGAGUCUGUGGUUGAACCUAUGAUGGAGCUUGUGGUUGAACCUGUGGUGGAUCCUAUGGUGGAGCCUGUGGUUGAACCAGUGGUUGAACCUAUGAUGGAACCUGUGGUUGAACCUGUGAUGGAGCCUGUGGUUGAACCUGUGGUGGAUCCUUUGGUGGAGCCUGUGGUUGAACCUAUGAUGGAGCAUGUGGUUGAACCUGUGGUGGAGCUUGUGGUUGAACCUGUGGUGGAUCCUUUGGUGGAGCCUGUGGUUGAACCUGUGUUGGAGCCUGUGGUUGAACCUGUGGUAGAGCUUGUGGUUGAACCUGUGGUGGAUCCUUUGAUGGAGCCUGUGGUUGAACCUGUGAUGGAGCCUGUGGUGAAUCCUUUGGUGGAGCCUGUGAUUGAACCUGUUUUGGAACUUAUGGUUGAACCUGUGUUAGAGCCUGUGGUUGAACCUGUGAUGGAGCCUGUGGUUGAACCUGUGGUGGAUUCUGUGAAUGAGAUUGUGUUUGAACCUGUUGUUGAAUCUUUGGUGGAGCCUGUCAUUGAGCCUGCGGUGGAACCUAUGGUUGAACCUGUUGUGGAUUACGUGAGUGAGAUAGUGUUUGAACCUGUGGUGGAUCCUGUGGUUGAACCUGAUGUUGAAACUGUGGUGGAGCCUGUGGAUAUACCUAUGAUAGUGGUGGUUGCUGAACCUGUGUUGGAGCCUGUAGUGGAUUCUGUGGCUGAGAUUGUUUUUGAACCUGUGGUUGAACCUGUGAUGGAGUCUCUGGUUGAACCUGUGGUGGAGCCUGUGGUUGAACGUGUGAUGGAGCCUGUGGUUAAACCUGUGGUAGAUCCUAUGUUUGAUCUUGUGGUGGAGCCUGUUGUUGAACCUUUGGUAGAGCCUUUGGUUGAAUCUGAGGUAGAGCUUAUUUUUGAACCUGAGGUAGAGCCUGUGUUUGAAUCUGUGGUGGAGCUUGUUGAACCUGUGGUAGAGCCUCUUGUUCAACCUGUGGUGGAACCACAGGUUGAACCUGUAUUUGAAUCUCUGGUGGAGUUUGUAAUUGAACAUGAGGUGGAGCCUGUGGUGGAACCUGUGGUGGAGCUUCCAGUUGAACCUGUGUUGGAGGCUGUAGUUGAACCUUUUUUUGAACCUGUGGUGGAGUCUGUGAUUGAACCUGUGAUGAAUUUUGUGGUUGAACCUGUGGUGGAGCUAGUGGUCGAAUCUGUGGUAGAGCCUUUAGUUGAACAAGACAUUGAGCCUUUGGUUGAGCCUCUCUGUGGAAAAGAGGUUGAGCUUGUGGUUGAAGGUGAUAUGGGGUUAGUUUUUGAGCCUGAUAAGGAAUCAAUGUAUGACCCCAGUAAGGAGUGUAUGGUAGAAACUGAGAUUGAGUUUUUGGUUGAACAUGAUGUUGAUGCAUCGAAACAUGAAAUUGAAUUUGAGGUUGAGUCGUUUGUUGAGUUUGAACUAGAGAGUGUUUCUGACAUUGGUUUUGAGUCAGUUGUACAAUCUAUGGAUGAAGUAGUAUUUGAACCUAACAUUGAGUCUUUAUUUGAGUAUAAAGGAGAUCCUCUGGCUGAGUUUGAAUAUAAAGAUGUUAAAGCUGAAUCUGAUUAUCAUUCUGUUAUAAAAAAUGACUCAGACUCUUUGCUUGAAGGUAUAGUUGGAUCUGUAGUUGAAGGAGAGGAUGGAUCUGUGGAAGAAGUUGAGAAUGAUUUUAGAAUUCAACCUGAGAUUAUUGUGAUGGAACUUGUUGAGUGUGGGAAUGAACAAAAGAUUAUGCUUGUUGAAUCUGACAAUGAAUCUUUUGUUGAAUCUGAAAUUAUGUUUGUUAAUAAACCCAAGAUUGAGACUGAAAGUGAAUUAAAGGAUAAAUCUGUGGUUGAAACUGAGAGUGAACUGAGAGGGGUUGGACUGCAGGAUGAAUCAGUUGUUAAUUUGGAAGUAGAAUUUGAUAUACAUGAGAGAAAGUAUAUUGAUGAAAAAGAUAUUGGUUAUGAACCCAUACCAAUGGCUGACGAAUAUUUUUACCCACUGUGCAAUAUUAAUUCCUCAAAUUACAUAGAUCUGGAUCCCAUAUAUACUAUAAGAGUAAACUUAAAUUCCUCAAAGACUUUUGAAGAUUUUUCUGAAACUGUUGACUAUGUAGAAAGAUUAAUGGGGUCAACACAUGAGUGUCAAGAGGUGCACAUUGUAAAAAAGAAUUUACUGGGGGUAUCUUAUUAUCAGGUAGUGAUUGGUCAGUCUCCUACAAACCUUUAUGACUGUAAAGUGUUUAGUAUGGAAGAAAAGAAAAGUCAACUCUAUAGUCAUUCUGCAGCUGGAAGUUCCAAGAAGGGAAACUUGGAAGAAGUAACUUUAGAGCUUGCAUCUGAGUUGAGGGACAGAAAUUCUAUGAAGCAGCGAGAGAGUUUUGAGUCGUCAUUUAUUACAGGAACUCAUGAUCCCAGUAAAGAGAAUUCCUAUUCAGCUAAGUUUGUACAGAAUACUGGAAGUAAUGUUAAAAGUCUUGAUGCUUCAAUUUUGGAAGGUUUUUAUUGUGGAGGAAAGGGUGAUACCACUAGCAGUGUUGAGUCAUCUUCUGAUGUGUUUUCAGUUGAUGUUACUGGUUUACUUGGAGAUGUUAGAAACAUUGCUGAUAGUACAGAAACUGAAAAUAUUAAGAUUUUUGAGUCUGAUAAUGUUGAUGAAGGAAAUAUUGAGUACAGGCAAAUAGAUGGCACACAUAAUGUGGAAAAUGUAAAUGUUAACAUUGUUGAGACAAUUGAUAUAGAUGUUGAAGGUGAAGCUGAUAAUAAGUCUGCUGAUGCCAUUAAUGUUGAUCCGUUGAUUUUUUUUGAGAAAGAGAAAGUAGAUAGGGAUGAUAGCAUCAAUGAUAUGGGCAGAGUUGAAUCCUUUGUUGGAAGUGUUACUGAUGUUUGGGAAGCUGAUGUGGACAAUGAACAGUCUUGUAUUAGUGAUACUGAGUCACAUGUUGACAUUAUUGAUAAUUUUUAUUUAUUUUUGCCAAGCAGUGUAGAGAUUGAUGUCAACACUGUAAAUGAAUGUAAGACUGGUGAGACUAGAAAAUCAUUGGCUUGUAAUGGUUUUCCAGAGUCAGUGAAGCAUGAUGCAGCAGCACUCUCAACUUCAGAGAGUAAGAUAGAGAAAUUAGACCCUGUAGUUAAUGUUGUAGAGUACAAUGAAGUGCUUGAGAAUAAUAUUGAAAUUAAACCAGUGCCUCAGCAAGUAACUCUGCUGGAGGCACAAGCAAUAUUGAAUGAUAGUACAGUAGCACCAGGGUGA